AUGGCUUCAAAAUCAUCAACAACUGGGCCAUAUAAGGACAAAGAAAAAGUGUAUUCCAAAAUGGCAAGUUAUCCAUGGUGGCCAGGUUUUAUAACACCAGAUGAAUAUAUACCAAAACAAGUUAAGAAAUCUAAAAAGAAAAACACUCCAUAUUGUGUUAUAUUCAUUCCUGAUGGUGAUUUUUAUUGGGCAACGGAAAAAGGUUUAAGAAAAUUUACAGAUGGACCUAUUAUAAGUGGUGGUUCAACAACGAAGAAAUCAAAUAAAUCAAAAUCAACUCCAACUACAAAUAUUGAAAAAUUCAAAGAUUUAAAAUUUUUGAAAAAAAGAUUAAGACCUAAAACUGGUACUGCUGAUAUAUCUGAAGCUAAUAUUGCUGCAGAAAAUUUAGAUUUUGAUGAUUUUAUUACGAUAUUCCAAGAAUUAAGUGAUGAUGAAGAUAACGAAGAAGAAGAAGAAGAAGAAGAAGAAGAUGAAGAAGAAGAUGAAGAAGAACAAGAAGAAGUUAAACAAGAAGAAAAAGAAGAAGAAACGUCUAAACCAGUAAAAUCAAAACCAGUACCGAAACCAGCAUUAAAACCAAAACCAAAACUUAAAGAUUCAACUCCUGCUAAAGAAUCAUCAAUAGAAUUAUCACCACCGACUAGAAAAAGAUCACCAUUAACUUCAGAAAAAAUAACCAAGAAACCAAAAUUAGAAGAUGAUAUAGAUUCCAAAUCAAUUGUGAAAGAAGAAUCUCAACCACCAUCAAAAGAAGAAGAUAAAUAUCAACAAUUGUAUUUUUGUAGAAUUAAACUACAACGUUCAUUAAUUCAAAGAACUUCAACCACCACUGAAACCAAAAAGGAAUCUUCACCAACUGCUGAUGAAUUAUCAAUGGCAAGAUUAAUAUUACAUAGACUAAAAACUUUCCCAGUUACUCAAGAAUUAUUAAGAGAUACUAAGAUACACAAGGUAUUACGAGCAAUAUUAAAAGAUCAAUCAUUAGAAUUGGAACAAAGUUUUAAACUUCAUCAACAUUGUAAAGAACUUUUAGAUUCAUGGGCUCCAUUGCUACAAAAUAUAAAUCAUUCAAAAUUAGAAGAUGUUGGUGUAAAAGAUGAAUCUGAUGAAAAAUCAAUAAAAACUGCUUAA